AUGGGCACAUCCGGUCGUAUAUAUUAUGCCACGAGUAAGCGGCGAAUUUGGAGUGUCCAUUUUGAGCAGCGAUUCGGCGCCCCGGUGUAUUCAGUUUAAGAUUAUUCAACGUUUAUCUCUUUAUCAUCUCAGUCUCUUAAAGAGACGCCGUCAGAAUGGCAGACACCGAGAAUCAACUCAUGGAGACCUCAGAACAGAACGGCAAUGAGGGAGAGGAGGACCAGAAUGGCAGUGAACAGGAGCUAAUGGGUGGAGACGAGAGCCAAGACAACGAGGACAACGACAAUGACACUGAUGGAGGGAAGAUUGAUGCCAGCAAAGGAGAGGAAGAUGCUGGGAAAAUGUUUGUUGGUGGUCUCAGUUGGGACACAAGUAAAAAGGACCUGAAGGAUUACUUCAGCAAGUUUGGCGAGGUGUCCGACUGCACCAUCAAGAUGGACUCCAACACCGGCCGGUCCCGCGGCUUCGGCUUCGUCCUCUUCAAAGACGCCUCCAGCGUGGACAAAGUCCUGGAGCAGAAGGAGCACAGGCUCGAUGGACGUCAGAUCGACCCCAAGAGAGCGAUGGCCAUGAAAAAGGAGCCCGUCAAGAAGAUCUUUAUUGAAACAAUUGAGCUUCCCAUCGACCCCAAAUCAAAGAAAAGGAGAGGUUUCAUUUUCAUCACGUAUAAAGAUGAAGCCAGUGUCAAAAAGUGUCUGGAGAAGAAGUACCACACUAUCCAGGGAGGCAGGUGUGAGCUGAAGAUCGCACAGCCCAAAGAGGUGUACCAGCAGCAGCAGUAUGGAGCAGGACGUGGAGGUGGCUAUGGAGGCAGGGGUGGAAGAGGUCGUGGAGGUCAGAACCAAGGCUGGAACCAGGGCUAUGGAAACUACUGGAACCAGGGUUAUGGUAACCAGGGUUAUGGCUAUGGCGGCUACAGUGGCUAUGGCAACUACGACUACUCUUCUGGUUACUAUGGAUAUGGCCCUGGAUAUGAUUACAGGCAGUGCCAGCUAUGGGAAAACCCCGAGGCGGGGGGCACACCAGACCAGCUACAAGCCAUACUGACCAUCACCCAGCAGUAUGAGGACUUUGUGAUGGAGUGAGACCGAUGGCUGGCCGGACAAACUGGGCCUCACUUCGACCUCUUUUAUGACAGACAACCAUUUGUACAGAAAACAUCUGAAAUAUAACUUCUUUUUUUUCCC